UACGUUUUUAUCUGUCAUCGCGAGUAAAAACAUCUAUUAAACGAUGCAGCUACCAAAAUAUUUCAUGAACAAGUUCCUGCUUUUAAUAAUCGUGCUGGACUGCGCCGCGAGUGCUAAAAUGUCGGGACACUUCUACAAGGUUCAAGGGAAUGUUGUAGACUACGGAUGCUCCAUGUCAAACUCGACGACAGCAGAGGCCGGGCUCGACCUGAGCAUAACUUGCGGGAGCCUCUGUCAGCGCUACGUCAACUGUCGCUUCUUCUGCUUCAUCAAGAGUACGGGUUUGUGCGGCAUGUUCACAGCCUACGUCGCGGUGCGAUGGCCGGGCCAUCCUGCGUUUGCGUCCACCACAACGUACGACGCUUGCUACACGUCGUGGGGGGACCCCCGGGACAUCGUGAAGACGAACUCCCCCUUCACUUACUCUUCGAAUGAGAUGGGAUCAUACCCGAAGUAUGGCACCGAUGGAUACGCUUGUUUAACCACUCCUGCUUACUUCUCCACCCUUAUGACUACCAACACCUUCUCGCAGAUAGACCUGGAACAGACCACUCGAGUGCAGGCAGUGAUCUUAGUCACCGCAUGGAUAGGUCUUAUUCAAGACAUGGACGUGAUCCUCAGCAACACGAGUGACUACAACCUCGGCCAGAAAAUAGGACGUGUUAAUGGAAUCGCGCCGGCGUGGUCGCCGUACACCAUCGUCACCAACACCAGCACGGCGGGACGGUACCUCACGUUCUUCACGGCAAUGUACGGUUUUCUUGGCUUUGCUGAAGUACAAGUCAUUCCUCAGCCGUGAGCCACUCGUUGCAUAUUCAGUCAACAUCGUUAGCUGGAUAUGAUGUCUCUCAGCUUAGACAUAGCUCAGAUUUACUCAUAUGAAACCUGGAAAUGAAAUUCAUUUUUUAGUCAGAAAUAGUUUAAGCGAGGAAAGUUUGACUCGCAGUCUUCAAUUCGACAGUUAAAACUCAAUGUUGAUCGUAAAUGUUGGCUCAAUACAUAACAAAGCUCAUGGAGCUAAGCUUGUAGGUUGACCUGUUUUCGUUCAUCAACUCAAAAGAGGAUCUCUUCAGUUCUCCCCCAAUUAGGACGUCAAAAUUGGGUCAAGAAAACUGCAAUCCGUUUUUAAUAAUUGCCAUGAUGAGUAUUAUUCUUUGACGUAAAGAAAUUUUACAUUGACACAUUUUGAUGCCUGAAUUUCAGGCUAUUCUAGAACAAGAGAACAUUAAUGUGACACUUUGAGCUUUGUUUAGGUCAGUA